AUGUAUUCCAUAACAUUAAUGUUGAUCACCAUUAUUGGUGUAACUAUGGCAUGUACAGAGCAUUACCAAUGUGGUAAUAUGCCAUAUUCCAACUGUGUAAAGAACUUUAAUCCCCUGCCAGGUAUUGGACUGGAUUCAACAAAUGAGAAUGUUAUUCUACUUGGUACUUUCAACUCAACUGCUCUCAACUAUCAAUAUAUAUCAUCAUUGCCUACUGCUGGAGGUCCAAUUACUUCACAGUAUCCAGUGAUGUGUAAUGUUGGAGGAGGAUCCUACUACCUCCAGACUAAUGGAAUGUAUGCCUACACUCCAUACUCCAAGAUUCCAUUCCUUAUUGCUCAGACCAACCCUGCUCCAUUCACUGGUCCCUACUUUUCCAACAAUGGUUCCUUUGUUCAAAUAUGGGCAUUGAUACGAUACACCCUUGGCCUGUACUUUGAUGAUAUCAACAGUAGGACCUAUUAUUGUGAUGGAAAUGUUCACCGAAUCAACAAGAUUCCAUCGACUGCCAAUGACAGAUAUGAUGGUGCUAUCGAUAUGUACCUCAAUCAAAACUGCAACUUCCUUGGUGUUAAUGGCAACGAUCUGUACUUGCUCAGCAUCUACUAUGGAGACAAUGGAACUACCUCCAAAGUAUACAAGGGAAACAUUAACUGCGACAAAUGUGCGGCUUCAGAUCUCACAAAGAUUGCUACCCUCAACUUUGAAGCCACUGCCUUCCAAGUCACCUCUACUCACAUGUACUUCAGCGUCGGCUACAACAAGACCACCAAUGGCCUGAUCCAGUUGCCACUGAGUGGUGACAUGAUUGCACUCAGAUGGGUCGUCAGUGAUCCUAUCCUCAAGUUUGUCAUGGAUACCACAGGACAAUGGGCAUUCUACCAAACCACCGACAGAGCAAUCAAGAAGGUUGGACCAAUGAUGGCCAAUCACCCACAAACUACAGUGCUCUACAAUCCAUUCAGCUCACCAUCAGAGGGAACAUGCAGCUGUGCACCAGACUUCAAGGGUAAUAACUGUCAAUCAUGUUCUGGAAGUGUACAAUGGGUCCAAGGCAACCCUCUCUGUGUUCCAUUGAACAAGGGUGGUGCUCCAUUAACAUGUACACAGGAUUACAAUUGUCCAAACCUUCCAUUCCAAUCGUGCCAACAAUCAACUUGUGUAUGCCGUCCAGGAUUCACUGGUACCACAUGUCAGGACUGCAAAGGUUCUGUAACAUGGAACAAUGGUCUUCCAACCUGCAAUCUUUAA